AUGCGCGGGCGGGGUGAGCUCCCCAAGGUGAGGUCCGUUCUUAUCAUGGACAACAUGCACGCGCAGACCACAGACGAGUUCAAGGAGUAUCUUACGAAGCACUGCAACACUCUCGCCUGGUAUGGCCCUUCGGAGUGCACGGACGAGGUGCAGCCAGUUGAUGCAGGAGCCGGACGAUUUCUCAAGGUGGAAGUCGGGAGGCAGAUGGACAUAUGGCUCGAGCAGUCGGACAACCUCGAGAGGUGGGAAACCGCGUCGCUGACAGCUUCUGAUCGGCGCGUCCUGAUCACUCAGUGGAUGGGAGCGGCCAUGGCAAGACUCGACAGCCAACAGGCGUACCGAUACCGUCUUUUUGAAAAGUGCGGGAUGGUCAUGACCGUGGACGGCUUGGGCGAUGAUCGAAUCACCUUGGAGGGUUUGGACAAGCCGUAUACCUUCGCUAACGAUGAAGACCGUAGCGACGACGAACAAGGUUCGGAGAACGGCAACGAUGAGCGUGAGGGGCGGGCGGAGGAGGGCGAUGGAGGACGUGAGACGCUCAUGGGGGGCGUUGACUCCAGCGAUGCAGACGACGGCGGUUGAGUUUGGCGACGUGACACCCUAACUUCUUGUGUUUCCCGUUGCCUCGUUCGCAGACAUCUCUCAACCCCAGACCGACGAGCUACAAGCUGGGCCAGCCAAGAAGUCAACGAAAUGGUUAGAAGCGAUUUCCGAGCCGGUUUUUACGAAUUGGAACCUGAAAUUGUGAUAUGUGAUUGGAAACAGUCUUACAAACGCCCCCGAGUCAGAUGCCGUUUUUUUUUUUUUUUGGCGAGGUAUCCCUAUAUUCAAUAACUGAGAAUCCUAGCAUAGGGGUUUUUGUGGCUUAAAAAAAAAACCCGGCAUCUCACUCGGGGGCAUUUGUAAGACCACUCCUAAUCACAUAUCAAAUUUUCAGGUUCCAAUUCGUAAAAACCGGCUCGGAAAUAGCAAAUUGCGUCAUGACCUCGAUACCUGGGUGCAGGGGCGGAAAUUUUGUAGGAAAAUGAAGGCCUUACAGCCCGAGAAAAGGGGCGCGAAAGCGGCCUGAUGGCAAGAGGCGCACAGAUGCUGACUGUACCCCUUUGGUUGGACAGGUAGGUGUGGGUGCUUAUCGAUCGUAAUGACGUGACACACAUACAUGCAAGAGGUUGUAAUCUGAAGGUAAGCGCUCCAAAAACGCAUGACAAAUGUUUUGCACAAAUCGCACAAAAGUUGACGUUUCUUUGUACAUAAAAAAAAACACUUCGUUCGUUGAUUGACAGCGGUUAAAAA